AUAAAACCUCCCUCUCCUAUGCACACUCCCAUUUCUCCUGUGCAUUUUGGGGAAGAGUGUGUGUGACUGUCUGUGUGACCUACCGUGGACAGAGAGAGAGAGAGAGAGAGACUACCUGAGGAUGAAGCUGGUGUUUGUUGCUACGUUUGCUCUCUUUGCUCUCAGCUCUGUGAAUAGAGUGGAUUCUUCAGCCUACGACAAGAUAGUGACACACAGCCGCAUCCGGGCCAGAGUCCAGGGACCCAAUGUGUGUGCCCUACAGCAGGUGAUGGGCACUAAGAAGAAGUACUUCAGUACGUGUAGGAACUGGUACAAGGGCUCCAUCUGUGGGAAGAAGGCGGUGGUUCUGUAUGAGUGUUGUCCUGGCUACAUGAAGCUGGAAGGCAUGAAAGGAUGCCCUGCAGUGGCUCCUAUAGACCAUGUGUAUGGCACAUUGGGCCUGGUGAAGGCUAGUACCACACAGGAGUAUUCUGACCUGUCUAAGCUGAGGGAGGAGAUGGAAGGGAAGGGAUCAUUCACCAUGUUCACCCCAAGCAACGAAGCCUGGGACCUGCUGGAACCUGAGGUGCGUAGUGCCUUGGUGAGCAAUGUGAACGUCGAGCUGUACAACGCCCUGCACUACCACAUGGUCAACCGGCGCAUGCUAACGAAAGAUCUGAAGAACGACAAGUAUAUCACCUCCAUGUACAACAACAUGGGACUCUACAUCAAUCACUACUCCAAUGGGAUCAUCACAGUGAACUGUGCCAGGAUUAUCCAUGGUAACCAGGUGGCAACCAAUGGGGUGGUCCAUGUCAUUGACCGUGUCAUCACCGCCGUGGGCAACACUAUCAAGGAUAUCCUGGAGGUCAACGAAGACCUCUCCUCCUUCAGCGCUGUAGCCUUGGCCUCAGGUGUGAUGGAGAAAAUGGGCCAGCCAGGUCACUUCACCCUGUUUGCUCCCACCAACGAGGCCAUGGAGAACCUCGGGGCCAGCUUCCUGGAACGCGUCAUGGGAGACAAGGAAGUCAUCGGAGCCCUGGUGAACUACCACCUGUUAAACAGUGUGCAGUGCUCUGAGGCCAUCAUGGCUGGGUCUGUGUACGAGACAGUGGAGGGCAGCACCAUUGAGAUCGGCUGUGACGGAGACAGCCUGACGGUCAACGGGAUCAAGAUGGUCCUGAAAAAAGACAUUGUCACCUCCAACGGAGUCAUCCACCUCAUCGACAAGGUCCUCAUACCUGACUCAGCCAAGGAGGUGAUGGAGCUGGUUGGUGAAUCCCAGAGCACCUUCAGUGACAUGGUGUCAGAGCUCGGCCUAUCAGCUGCCAUGAAGCCAGAGACAGAGUACACGCUAUUGGCUCCCCUCAACCCUGCAUUCUCUGAUGAGGUCAUGUCUAUAGACCAGAGUAUGCUCAAGGUGAUCCUAGAGAACCACAUCCUGAAGUUAAAACAUACGCUGAGUGAACUCUACAAUGGACAACUGCUAGAAACCAUCUCCGGAAAGCUAUUGCGUGUCUUCAUCUACCGCACAGCUGUGUGUAUAGAGAAUGCCUGCAUGGUGCGGGGCAGUAAAGAGGGCAGCAACGGAGCUCUUCAUCUGAUGAGUUCUCUCAUCAAACCAGCUCAGACCACCAUCUACCAACUUCUCCUGUCUGAUGGACGCUUUAAUAUCUUCCUGUCUCUGAUGGAGAGUGCAGGUCUGACAGAGCUGUUGAAACAGGAGGGAUCCUACACCGUGUUCGCCCCAACAGACGAAGCCUUCGACGGUCUCACAGAACAGGACAUCACCAUGCUCACCAGCGACGUGAACAUCCUGAGGACCAUUCUGCUGUACCACUUCAGUAACGGCGUCUUCAUCAACGGGGGACUGGAGGGAGGGGUCACCAAUCUGCUCAAGACCAUCCAGGGACACAACCUGCAAGUGCUGUCUGUGAACAGCUCCAUCAACGUCAACUCGGUGGACGUGCCAGAUAUUGACCUGAUGGCCACCAACGGAGUGAUCCACGUUGUGAAGAACAUUCUUUACCCUGGGGACCUGCCUGUGGGUCGCGAGGACCUGCUGGUGUUGCUGAAAAGGCUCAUCAAGUACAUCCAGAUCAAGUAUGUCUCUGGUUUCUCCUACACCGAAAUCCCCCUCACCUUCAUCAAGAGGACAGUCACCACGACAACGACCCACAUCAGAGUAGAAUCAGUGCCUGAAAUCACAAAAAUGACCAGAGUGAUUAAAGGAGAGCCAACUGUCACCAAGGUUACCAGGGUCAUCGAGGGCGAACCCAUUAUCACCAAGGUUACUCGAGUCGUUGAGGGCGAGCCAACCUUCACCAAGGUGACAAGGGUUAUCGAGGGCGAACCCAUUAUCACCAAGGUUACUCGAGUCGUUGAGGGCGAGCCAACCUUCACCAAGGUGACAAGGGUCAUCGAAACAGAACCCAGUUUAACCAAGGUGGUCAUCGAGGGUGAGCCCACAUUCACUACAGUGACCAGGGUGAUCGAGGGAGAACCAAGCAUCACAAAGGUCACCAGAGUUAUUGAGACUCACAGUGGUUCCUCAGAUGGAGGGCUGGAGACUGAUGGAGACAUUAAGAGGAUUCUGGAAGAAGAGGUGUCAAAGGUUAAGAAGUUUCUGGAGAGUGAGGUUCAUAUUCUCCAGGAGGAAGAGAUCAAGAAACUCAUAGAGGGAGGUGCAACCGGAUACACAACGGUCACCAAGUUCAUCGAGCCUCAGGUCAUUGAGGGCCCAGAUUUCGCUAAAAUCACCACCAUCCACGGCAACCCGGAGAUGAUUGCCCAAGAGUCAGAGAGGAUCACCAAACUAAUCCAAGAUGGAGGCAGUAAGGGUGCCCCGGCCAAAAGAUCUCCAGAUGGAGGCAGUAAGGGUGCCCCAGAUGGAGGCAGUAAGGGUGCCCCGGCCAAAAGAUCUCCAGCUGGUGUUAGGAGGAGGAAGGCAAGGCUGGUGAGACGCCACAACAACCAAAACCCACGUCCGGCCCUGACCCGUCCAAACCAGCUAAGACCAGUCCAGACCAGUCCAAACCAGUAAGGACCAGUUCAGACCAGUCCAAGCCAGUAAGGACCAGUCCAGACCAGUCCAAACCAGUAAGGACCAGUCCAGACCAGUCCAAACCACACCAACCUUGCAGGAAUCCAUUUCCAGAUCAUUAUAGAGGCACAGCAAGGAACACAACAACACAACAACACAACAACACGUUCUAUGUUCCCUUGAUGGGAAAAGAGAAAGUAUGAAAAUAUGUCAUGUCUGUUUGAAUGGAUGUUGAUAAUACGUUUUUUCAACCAAUUUUGUAAUCUGGGCAGAGGUGAAUAAUGAACUUAACCUACAGUAGAGUGAAACAACUGGACCAAUGGUGUCGGACAUGAUGUGUUUUAACAAUGCUAAGAUAAUCAGUUUUCCUACAGGAUGUGUUUUAACAAUGCUAAGAUAAUCAGUUUUCCUACAGGAUGUGUUUUAACAAUGCUAAGAUAAUCAGUUUUCCUACAGGAUGUGUUUUAACAAUGCUAAGAUAAUCAGUUUUCCUACAGGAUGUGUUUUAACAAUGCUAAGAUAAUCAGUUUUCCUACAGGAUGUGUUUUAACAAUGCUAAGAUAAUCGGUUUUCCUACAUGAUGUGUUUUAACAAUGCUAAGAUAAUCGGUUUUCCAACAUGAUGUGUUUUAACAAUGCUAAGAUAAUCAGUUUUCCUACAGGAUGUGUUUUAACAAUGCUAAGAUAAUCGGUUUUCCUACAGGAUGUGUUUUAACAAUGCUAAGAUAAUCAGUUUUCUUACUUGUAAGUAAUAUAUAUACGCAAGGACAUGUACUUUUAAGAACUUUUUUUAAUGUGGUACAGAUGAGGUAGAAGGUUUGAAAUAAUAUUUCUACAACGGAAAGAUGAUGAUGUUUGUUUUUAUUUUUUUUGCUCAGUUUAGUUGAAAUGAUGGCUUGAUCUGGAAGACAUUUUGUAUGUUUUAUAAUGGUGCUGGCAUUCUGUAUUACGGAUUCAUCUUGACCAAUAGGAAUGAAGCAUUGUGUAUUAUGGAUGCAUCUCAACCAAUAGGAACUAAGCAUACUAUUAGAAAUGCAUCUCAACCAAUAGGAACUAAGCAAUACUAAUGCUGUACAUUAUCUAAACUUAACAACCAACCAAACAGAAGCCUGUUUCGAUAGUUUAAUUCCGUUAUCUGAAUGGACAAUUUUCUGAUUUCUUGUUUUAAUUGGUUUGUCUUUUAGCAAGGCUUCCUGCUGUUAGAACUGUUGAUGUUCAGUUGUACCAUUAUGCCUUUGCAAUCUAUGCACCUUCUUACCUCUGUGUUGUUUUUAAAAUCAAUGUUCAAUAAAAGUUACAGUUGAAUGUGAA